AUGUCUGACCACUCCGUUGCCACGGGCUAUCUGGGCGCGACGAAUCAAAGGUCGUUCCCUCUUUACGAGAUGUGCACCUGGGAUCAGACCGGAAGCCUGGUUUUGCGAGCUGGGGGUGAUCCUGUGUCUGAUUUGAACCAACAGGCUUUUCAGUUGACGGACUUGGUGGAUAUUGCCGUAUCCGACUUUGACCUGGAAGCGUGGGAUGGGAGACAAAGUCGAGUCUCGAAAUUGCCGAGCCCGGUGGACGCCCGUUCCCAUGUCAAUGAACCAGAAGACGAGCCUUUCUCGAGCCAGAACCAACACCAGCAGAAUGCUACGGUGGGUCUUUCCCAGCAUAUUUUCAAUCUUCCUUCGGCACUCUCAGACUACUUUUUUCGUGAGGUGAUCGCGCUAUUCUGUGCCUGGGAUAGCAACCAUAAUAUCAUGAGAAUAAUCACCGAAAACAACUUUCAAUCGUCGGGGAUGUUAUAUCAUACGAUGCAGAGCAUGGCGGCGGCAUGCCUGGCAAAAGACUUGCCGUAUCUGGUAGCGGUGGGCAGACGAGAACGGGCGCAGGCUUUGCAACUCGUGCAGAGCAGCUUGAAGAGACCUGGCCCGUCUACGCAGGCAGAUGUCGUCUUGUCAAUGCUGCUGCUGGGCCAUGGGGCAUGUUGGUUUGAUCCACUGAACCUCGGGGUCGACCAUUUCAAAGCGGUCCGCACCGUUCUGGCCCGACGCAACCUGGAGGUAGACGACUCUUCCUCCAUCUGGUCCUUCUUUGAAGGGAGUCUGGAGUAUUGGGCAAUGCUUCUCUCGUUUUUGACUAAUAUUGAUGACUUGGACGACCGGAUUGAGCAACCUACCACGAAUUACGCAGGCCCACAGUCGAUCCUUCUCCCAUCCCCAACAUUGCCCCAUCCAUUCAGCGGCAUAUCGCGUGAUGUCAUCCGCAUUCUCACUGACGUGGGGUUGGUGGUGUUUCGAUAUCGCAAACGCAUCUCCAGACUUGUAUUUUGGACCGAACAGGAUCUCGAAUUCUUCCAUAAGUCGAUCAAAAAGGCGCGGCUGCUGGAACGACGGCUCUUGAGCCAUAAAUCUGCAGAUAGCUCGACGGUCAUGGAGCCGGGUGAUGAGAAAACUUCUGUGUCGCAUCUCCAGAAGAUGGACGAAGCAUAUCGUUGUGCCGGUCUCCUCCAGCUGUACCGCGUAUUUCCAGAUCUUUUGGCCGAGCGAUAUAAUCCUUGGGACAAAGACGAACUCUUGCAUUCAAGACCCGCAUCCAAAAAUCCCACAGCUGAAGAGCAGAACGUAUGGCUCACCAAGCUGGGGUUGCACAUCCUCGGCCUUCUCCGGGACAUCCCCUUUGAAUCUCACACACGGAGUAUGCAGCCAUUCCUUUUGGUUACAGCGUCAAGUGAGCUUCGCUAUCCAUCAGCAGUUUUGAAAGCCAAAUUCCAGUCUGGGGGGUUGCGGACAGUAUGUGAUCAUGCAUCCAUUGAGAUAGCUCGUGCGCGGCGCUUCACUAGUUCACGCUUGUCGGCGUACUCUCACAUUCUACCCUUGAACAAGGUCAAGAAGAUCCUCACAUUGGUUAAUACAAUAUGGGAAGUCUCCGACAAAGGUGAACAUAAUACCUACUGGGUUGAUGUGGCGCAGAGGGAACGACUUCAAACUAUAAUGGGGUGA